UAUUUUUCAGAACAUCAUAGCUCAGCCAUCAAGAUCUAAUGGAAGUGUGGUUCACCAUUCUUCAUCUCCAUAUGUGCUGUACCCACCUGACAAGCCUUUCCUUAACAGUGAUCUGCGACGCUCUCCGCAUAAGCCCACACUUGCCUAUCCAGAGAGCAACAGCAGAGCCAUAUUUUCAGCUUUGAAGAAUCUUCAAGAUAAGAUUCGACGCUUAGAGCUUGAACGGAUUCAGGCAGAAGAAAGUGUGAAAACAUUGUCUAGAGAAACAAUUGAAUAUAAGAAAGUACUGGAUGAACAGCUACAAGAAAGGGAAAACUCAAAGAAUGAAGAGUCAAAGCACAAUCAAGAGCUGACAUCUCAGUUGUUAGCUGCCGAAAAUAAAUGUAAUCUUUUAGAAAAACAAUUGGAGUACAUGAGGAAUAUGAUUAAGCAUGCGGAAAUGGAGAGGACCUCAGUCUUAGAGAAGCAGGUUUCCCUGGAAAGAGAGCGGCAGCAAGAUCAAACACAUGUUCAGAACCAGCUUGAAAAGCUGGAUCUUCUGGAACAGGAGUAUAACAAACUCACCACGAUGCAGGCCCUUGCUGAGAAAAAAAUGCAAGAGUUGGAAGCAAAACUCCAUGAAGAAGAAGAAGAAAGAAAACGUAUGCAAGCAAAGGCAGCUGAGUUGCAGACUGGUCUUGAGACAAACAGACUGAUCUUUGAAGAUAAGGUAUCUUCAUCUUCAUGUGUUCCCAGUACAAAAAAAGUUAAAAAAAAAAAGGCAAAACCAGCAGAUAAGAAAGGUCCUAGGAACUAUUUUGGCACACAACCACAUUAUAGAUUAAGCUUGGGUGAUAUGCCGUUUGUUGCUGGAAAGUCUACCAGUCCUAGCCAUGCCGUGGUAGCCAACGUGCAGCAUGUCUUACAUCUCAUGAAGCAGCACAGCAAAGUGCUGUGCAAUGAUCGGGUGAUCAACAGCGUUCCUCUGGCAAAGCAAGUGUCUUCGAGGGGUUGUAAGAGUAAGAAGUUGAUGGCGCCACCCUCCUCCAGCAGCAUCAGUGAAGAGCUAUCUGAAGUCUUACAGACUUUGCAGGAUGAAUUUGGGCAAAUGAGCUUUGAUCACCAGCAGCUUAUAAAACUCGUCCAGGAGUCACCAACUGUGGAGUUGAAAGACAACUUAGAGUGUGAGCUGGAGGCUCUCGUGGGGAGAAUGGAAGCAAAAGCCAGCCAGAUAACUAAAGUUCGAAAAUACCAAGCCCAGCUGCAGAAACAGAAGACGGAUAAGCAGAAGAAGGAAUCCAAAGCUAACAGAAAGACUCUGGAAGAAGAAGGAAACAGCAGCAACCGUUCCCCCGGAGUCACAGGGACCACAAUUUUCUGAUGGGGUUUGCAACACCACUGAAUUGACAAGUGAGACCCAAUGGAGGUGAGAAACUGCUCUGGUGAUAUGGUAAAUAUUUCUUCUGUCUCAACCACCAUUUCAACCAUUAAACUUCUAUUACCUA